UUGUUGCACAAAUCAAGACACUAAGCAUAAUUUGUAAUAACCUGAGAAAUUUCCUGUGUAUAUCAUAAAAAUAUACACAACAACUGAUCUCUUGGCCAGGUAAAUUCCAGGUAAAUAACAUUGACCAAGGAUAAGCUCCGCCCACAUUCAGUGAUCCGUGGAGCAACCGUACGGUGUUUUUUUUUUUGGUCUUUAAAUAGAUAGUGUAUACAGGCUGACGCACCGCACUGGUAUUUAAUCACAGGACUAGAUGGAAGGUCGAAUAACAGGGAGGCCAUGUUGAAUUUUCAGUGAACUCCUCAUGUGACCCGACAUCAGAAAUGGACCCGUUCCGCAGAACCGAUAUUAUCAUAUUGUGUGACCUCUGUAAAACUGCCCACCUACAGAGUCACUGUGAACGUUGUCAUAUAAAUCUAUGCCAGACCUGUGUUGGGAAGCACCUCUCGGAUUCGUCUAUAAGACACACAGUCGUGCCCUAUAAAUACAGAAAGUAUCUUAACUACUCAAAAUGUCCAGACCACGCCGAUGAACUCUGCAAACAUUACUGUGAGAAAUGCGACAUUCCUGUCUGUUCUGACUGCAUCUCCUCAGGUAAACAUGGAGGUCACGAUAUAUCAAAUAUUCUGGAAAAACACAGCUCUCAAACAGAAAGUGUACAAAAAGAUCUUGAAGAACUCGAGACAAGAAUUUACCCGCGAUAUGAAGAAAUGGCGUCCGAUGUCCAAACUGAGAAAGCCAAGUUAGAAAAAGAAUACGGAAAACUGACAACAAUUGCCGAUCAACAAGGAAAAAUCCUACACCGGGAGGUCACCGCCAUUGUCAACCAGCGAAAAUCCGACAUUCAGGAGAUGGAAAACAAACACCUAUCUACCCUGAAUAAAAAUACAGAUGAAAUCACACAGAAAAUUACUGAACUCAAACAGAUCAUUUCCAACUUGAAAUCAAUCCUAAAAUCAAAUGACGUCUCCUUAACCACUACUUACAAAUGUAGGAAUUCCGAAUUUAGAACAUUACCGUCAAAAGUUCCAAUUACAUUACCGAGUUUUACUCCUGAGAAAAUAAACAAAGAUCAGCUCAAUGAAAUGUUUGGUUCUCUAUCGCCAUUAUCAAUUAACACCGAACAUGGCGACACAAUGAAGUCAGCAGAAGCUGUAUCGUCUCCUCCAGUCAAACCAUUGCUUGAUGAACCGCGCCUCGCUGUCACCAUAAAAACUGGGUAUAUAUAUCUAACCAGUGUUAGCUGUCUGAAUGAAGAUCAAGUCUGGACACGCGGGGAUAACGAAAUCAUGAAGCUCCUCAACCUCCAGAGUAAACUACUGAUAUCAAUAAAAACCAAGUCAGGGAACAGACCGUGGGACAUAGCAGUGACACGGGACGGAGAUCUUGUUUAUACUGACAAUCAUAAUGACACUGUGAAUUUAGUAAAGAAUAAACAGAUACACACCGUGAUCACACUACAGGGGUGGGAACCUCGCAAUCUCUGCAGUACCGCAUCUGAUGAUCUCCUGGUUACCAUGAUCAGUGAUGAUAGAGAACAAUCCAAAAUCGUGCGUUACUCCGACUCCACAGAGAAACAAACCAUUCAGUUUGAUGAUCAGGGACGUGCUCUCUAUUCAUGUGAUCCCAUUAAAUACAUCAUUGAGAACAGGAACCUGGAUAUCUGUGUGGCUGAUAAUGGAGCUAGAGCAGAAGUGGUGGUCAAUCAGUCAGGAAAACUCCGAUUUAGAUACACUGGUCAUCCCUCUAAUACCAAGCAAGCAUUUACUCUACACGGCAUCGCUACAGACAGCCAGAGUCACAUCCUGGCUGCGGACUGUCAAAAUAACCGUAUCCACAUUCUAGAUCAGGACGGACAGUUCCUCCGUUACAUUCACUGUGAUUUAGUCACUCCUCACGGUUUAUGUGUGGACAUCAGAGACAACCUGUUUUUGGCUGAGAGUGACACCGCUAAAGUGAAGAAAAUCCAAUAUCUACAAACACAGUGUUAAUUACACAUCUCUAAAUUGUGUUAAUUACACAGCUCAACACAGUGCUAAUUACAUAUCUGAAAUAUGUUAAUUACACAUCUCAACAGAGUGAUAUUUACAGCAGCUUGUUAAUUGCACCUGUUUAUCAAUUUCAACCCUGUGAACAUUACAUUUCCGUGCUAAUUACAACCUUGUGUUAAUUACAGUAUUGUGUUUGUGAUGUGUAACAGGUACGUGUGUUUCUGAGUUUAACUGAUAGAACAUUACUCUAUCACUGCUGUUUAGUAAUUAUAUCUUACAAUAUCUGUAUUAUUAUAUUUAGUUGAAAAUCAAUAAACUUAGUAUACCAAUUU